CGCAUGCGCACUGCUCCUGCUGAGACGCUGUCACUCUGGCGCUUUCUUCCACACAGGCAGCGCGUCCUUGCUGUAUAACUGGGGUCCUCCUGAAACCCCGUUACCCUACUCUUGUGACUUAUGUGACCAAGGUCUGAAGUAACCGAAACGUCAAGAUUCAGAGUCACAAAAUAGGCAACUUGGAAGCAAACAUCAGAUUGUGGACGGGCCAACAGAGGAAAUUAGUGCCCCUGCCACCCCAAGGUCUGCUGCAGAGCCGGCUGGUACACAGGGCCCAACGUGAGGACUAAAACAGGAAAUGUCCACCAAGAAGAACAAAUCAAAACUUAUAAACCAAAUGAUAAAAACCCCUCAAAAGCAAAAUGUCAGAAACCAAAGACCUACAAGCAAAGCAGAUCCCGAAAAUCUUAUUCAUUCCAAGGUGAAAGAGCUGAUGAACAAGAAAGUUAGGUCUCCCUUACUAAAAGAAAUUGUGGCCCAUGCCAACAUCUACUCAAUCCUAAGUGACGCAGGCGAUGCCUUGCCAGAAGAUUUUGAGGAAGACUCUUUCAAUCCUCCUUUGCACAGUACUGCAGUUUAUAGUUGUGAUGAUGAGCUCCUGCAGUCCAAUGAGAAUCGUGUCGAAAUCCCAGCAAAGCACGCGUCUCCUGUUCCACCUGAAGUCCAGGAAAAAAGUAUGAGACCAAACCAGGAGCAAUUAAAGAGGAAAAGUGCAGCCAAUGCAGAACACAGUGAUCGUAGACCUGUCACUGCCAAACAGAAGAGGACUCCACAAAAGAAAGCAGUACAUGUACCAGAACCAGGUCCUUCUAAGAGGCUUGGGACUCCCCGAAAUGUGCGUGAAGGAGCGCAAUCAUCAAAACAAGCUCCAAAUAGUACACCAAAUAGAAGUUUGGUGUCUGCCAAGAAGACAAAGACUCAAAGGAAAGAAACAAAUUCUUCUAGUAAAAAGAAAUCAAGAAAAGGUGAGAUGGAGAAAGCCCCAGUAGACAUCUGGAGCCCAGAAAAUAUGCCAAAGUCUGUCAAAAAUGUGAGUGAGCUAGAUGUUGUGCUCUUCGAAAGUGGAAAACUUAUCGAGUUGUACAGAGAAAAUGUUGAAACAGACGUCUGGCAAAAGAGCAAUUGAUGUGUUUUUCCAUAGAUUUAAAGAACAGCUCUCUACAACCAUUUUGGACCUACGAAAUCUGAAAGAUCUUAAAAGGAAAAAUGCAAAGAUGCAGUCAGAAAUUGGAAGAAAAAGGAAACGUUUACUUGAAGCGAAAGAUGAAAUCAUAA